AUUAAAAACUCCGAACGUUAUGGUAAUUGGACUUCAAAUAAUCCGUGUCACAAUAAAUGCAGAUAUAAAAUUAUAAUACGCUAAAUUGUAGUAUCUUUGCUGGGCAGAUCGAAACUUCAAGCUCUCAUGUGGUAGACACAUGAAGUAAAAAAAACAUGGAAAGAUCAAGUCAAAAUGUUUCUCUGUUGGAUAUGAUUUCCGUAGGAUCGCCAGACGUCUUGUCUUAUCUUCAUCUGGUCAGGUCUGGACAAAUUGUUGUGUGUCAACCAACUCUUGACCAGUGUCUGCUAGUUGCUUGCGACAAAGGGUCAAGGUUAUACGUCACCUACUUACUUCAAGCUGGGGCUGACAUAGAAACGAGAGAUUGCCAUGGCAACACGCCAUUGUUGGUGGCAACAACUAAUGGAAUUGUAGACAUCGCGGAACUUUUGAUUGAACACGGAGCAGACGUCAAUGCCAGUGAUAUUAAAGGAAAUACGUCAUUGAUUUUGUCAAUGCGCAGUGGUUGUUCUGUCGAAGUAGCCGAGGCUCUGCUGAAUGAAGAAGGCAUCAACAUGGAACACUGUAACGAGAAGGGGGAGACGGCUUUAACAAAAGCUUUAAAGGAGGUGGAGUUGGAGAAGGUCAAAAUGCUUCUUUUAGGCGGUGCAUGUUUAAGUGAUGCGAAAGAAAUAAAGGAAAGCGGUGAAAAUAUUUGCUCCGAAUGUGCCCAAGAGAUCGCUGACAAAACUGGUAUAGGUGAAAUAGUUCGCCUGAUACAGAAAUAUAAAAGCGAUGAAUCUAUUCUCUUAGAAGCGGUUCUAAAACGGGACUUAACCAGUGUAAAAUUGCUCGUUGAAACUGAGCUUGUUAAAAUAAAACACGUCAACGAAGAGGACCCGUUAAUUAUUUUUAAAUUGUUAAGUUCUAUAAAUGAAAGAAAAUCCAAAGUAACAGGCGAUGAUAUUGAACUGACAGCAUUUCUUGUGUCACACGGUUUUUUUCUAGACGAAAAAGGGUCAGAGGUCACGCUGGCUGCUGAUAUUGGGGACGUCCAUUUGAUUGAGGUCUUCUGCCAACAUGGCGUCCUGGUGCCUUAUCAAGCGAUGGUCGUGUCGGCUGCUAAAGGCCGCACGGAUAUCAUCAGCAUACUAAUUAAAUACACAGUUAGCGUGAAUCAUUUUGAUAACAACAAUUUGCCAAUAUUUGCUGGUAGUGCGUUAGAGUCCGCACUGAGCAAAGGAGAGCUUGAAUGUGCUGAAAUCCUUCUACAAAACAACGCCAAAAUGGAAGUCUCAUCAGCUUUAAGUACAGUGAUCACACACCGACAGAAGGAAUGUCUGAGGAUGAUAUCUGAACGCUUCACGUCUGCUUGUCAAGCAGCCGUCUGCAGCUCAACGUCUGAACUUCUUCUUACAGCAGCAUCAACCUCAGACGUUGGCGUUAUUGAGGUUUUGUUGGAACUUGACGCCGAUGUGAAUCAGUUGGUUUGUGGUAACACCGCCCUGACCAAGUCGUUUAAUUUAGGGAUGGUUAAUUUUCUGAUACACCGGGGUGCUGACGUCAACAUUGACCUAAAUGAUACGAAGUCACCGACAGUUUUGUUGAAAAUUCUUUCAGCGGAAUACUUUGAAGAUUUAAUGAAAGCGCUGAACACAAAUGACAAAGUCGAUUGUUAUAUUUUACGUGACGAGAUAACUCAAGAGAUACUGAAACACUUUACACGUGUCAAUGUUGAAAAUGAAACAGGCGAUACCGCUCUGACGGUUGCUGCAAAAAUGGAUGGUACCAAAAAGAUUAUAGAGAUGUUAUUAAAAGCCGGCUGUUGUUUAGAACAUAAAAAUAAAGAAGGCGAAACGGCGUUUUAUAUAGCCGCCUUGUCUGAUAAUAUGAGCAACGUUAAACUGUUGAUAGACAAAGGCGCGGAUAUUGAUGUCAAAGUUGACCACUCGACAGCUUUAGUGAGACUAGCAGAUGAAUGUAAAUCAGAAAUGUGUGAAUAUUUGAUCACCCGUGGCGCAAAUGUGAAUACAUGUGAUCGGAUAGGUCGAACAGCUUUAGGUAACGCCGCCGAAAAUGAAGAUAGUUUUUUGGUAGAUCAGUUGAUUGAAAAAGGCGCCGAUAUUUUUCAUCACGACCACAGUGGUUUUACUGUUCUGAUGUUUGCUGCAUCAAGUGGUGACUUUGAUGUUGUUAAGAUUUUAUUGAAAGCAGGGGCGGACAAACGCAUCGAUGAUUCAGAUAAAUAUGGAGAAACAGCUCUGUUUCAUGCGAUUCAGAACGAUGGGGAUUACGUUUGGAAAAAUACACGUGUUAUAAACUCUUUAAUUUAUGCCGGAGCGUGUGUCAACCAUCGCAAUAAAAAAGGAAUGACGCCAUUAAUGGUUGCUGUCAAAUGGGAAAAUCAAAGGGCAAUUUUGUGUUCAAAGUUGUCUGAGGCUGAUGUUAGUUUAAUGAGUUACCAUAAUCCACCAAAAACAGCGCUGUCUAUUGCUUUAUCCAAUCUGCCUGGAAGACCUAAGAGAAUGUGUAAGAUUGUUAAACACUUGUUAGAUCGUGGAGCUAAAGCAGACCUUGUGAGUCCAGAGUUUGUUCAUUUGUUCAUUGCAUUAGGGAAGGAUUCUAUAGCUCAACAACUCAUCAAGGCAGGGGUAGGGCCAAGUGAGGUGGAGAUAACCAAGAAUUUUAAUUACUGGUUCACAAGUUCAUAUAGGUUAACUCCCCUCUGUGUAGCCCUUCUAAUGAAAAAUGUAGUUCUGGCUGAGUACUUCAUCAAAAUCUGUUUUUUGACCAACUCAGACCUACAAUUGUUAUCACAAAGCGAAAAAGUUAUCAAGUAUUUAGAGCAGAAGUUACGCACGGAUUGUGCUGAGAUUUUUAAGCCAUAUGCUAAAACACCUCUACGUCUGGAGAUGAUGGCGUUUGUCGCUGUAUCGUCUGCUAUAGGAUCCCACCCAAACAGACCCGCCAGAGUGGAGAAGACUGGACUCCCGUACCCGCUGAUGGAAAGAUUACUGUUCCUGGCAGACGACACAUUACUGAAGAACCGUAAUAUUGAGAACCAAAGAUUGUUUCGUGAGAUCUGCUCCUGUAACCCAAAGCUAAAUAAAAAACUGAAAUCUCAUAUCUUUGGAUACAACUUGUCUUCACCUAGCAGCGACAGUGACACCAGUGACAGCAAUGACAGCAGUGACAGCUUCUAGAAACAGAUUAAACACUUAUAGUAAAUAUUACAUUUUUUGAAUCAAGAUUUAUACAGCAACUUGGUUUAGUUAUAUUUCUUAUAGGAUUUACUUAGUACUUACGUAUAUACUUUGUUCUACAAGAUAAAUUAUGAGUUAUAUAUAGUUAUAUCCUGAA